GUACAAACUAUAUUACUUGCAGUUUACCCGGCUCCGCCCAGCUAUUUACAGCCAAUCAGGUGUGAGUAAUAACGAAACCACGCCCACUGCGCUUGCGCCGCCGGAAACUCGAAAGCUUGUUUCAGUUUUUGAAUCGCUGUCAAUGCGUGAGGUCCUAUUCGGUUUUGGUGUAAGAAUGACGUCAUUGAACAGUGAACAGAGUUCGAAUAAGUUAAAGUUUAGUGUGGAGAGUAUUCUGGCAAAUGAUUCAGUGGCGGUUAGUGAAAAUGAGAAGCGACAGGAGCCUCCGUGUGCUGGAUGUGUGGCAGCCCUGUACAGGUGUUGCAGGGACGAACCACCCCUUCUUCAGCUGCCUUUGCCGCUCCCAUAUAGCCAUUUGCACCCGGCCUUGAGACCUACUACUGUGUACCGUCUUCCCCUCCCAUCGUCCUCGCCCCCACAACAGCCGCCCCGCUGCGACGUUUCCUCCACGGGCAAGCGCAAGCGGUCGUGGUCGCGGGCCGUGUUCAGCAACCUCCAGAGGAAGGGUCUGGAGAGGAGGUUCCAGAUACAGAAGUAUAUCACCAAGCCUGAUCGAAGGCAGUUGGCGGCUACACUAGGACUUACUGAUGCGCAGGUAAAAGUGUGGUUCCAGAACCGGCGCAUGAAGUGGCGGCACACCAAGGAGGGCCGGGGCGGAGUCCCGGGCGCUACGCCCCUGCCGCCCAGGGCCGAGAACGAUGACAGUGAAGACAUCGACGUGGACACCCUUAGUGACUGAAUUCACUACGAUAGAAAAUUGGGAAUAGUUGGUGUUUGAUGAAAAUAUAACGCUGGCUGCACACUAUAGCAGAACUUAGAUGCCAUACCGCCGCGCCGUCGCAAUGCGCAGUUAGUAUGAGAACUUCAUGGAAUUAGUAGGUUCUACGUGGAGCACCUACUAAUUUCAUGGAGAACUUUUAUUUGCUGCAAGAAAUGCCUGUCAAAUCCGCCAAAGUUUGACGAACUGUUUACGAUAGUGUUAUAGCCGGCAUAGUGAAAAUGCAAAAAAAUGAUGCGGAUAAAAUAUCAUUUCAAGUGAAAAAGUACUAAACCAACCGAAAAUCGAUUUUAUCGCUUGAUCAAAAUGGUCAAUUUCAAUAUACUACGAGACUGAAUUAUGUUAGUAAAAAAUUGGUUCAUCAUAAUUUUUGAUCAGUUGUAAAAUAUUUUUAAUUUUUCUAAUAAUUAUGUAGUUGAUUAAGAAAUUGUAAUAAUAAGUUACAGUAAUUUUUGUAUUAAUAUGUAGGUAAUGGUUUUCCAAAACACAAGUAAUGUAUUUUUAUGUUUGUUUUGCAAAUGAAUGAGUUAAUCGAGUCAUU